AUGAACCGUGGGAGCUCAGUGGCAGAAGCAACGAAAAAGCUCUGGGAUGCCCAAAGCGGUUGUUUGAUGAGUCAUCCAAAUACUGAUACAUCGCCACAACGUCGCCAACAUUGUUUCUUCAUCCUGCGCUACCCUCUCGCCAUACUCCGUGCUUGUCUUUCAACCAUGUUACUGUCAACUAACUAUACGCCUUCGUCUCACUAUCUCUCUAUGCGUCGCUAUCAACCUACUCUCGCUAUGAAGUCGUCACCGCCAUGCCAGGACCCCCAAUCAAAGGUCGAUGCGUGGUACCAGGUGAACCUCCACCAGCCCGAAGAUGCCAUGUCAUUGCCCUCAAGCUCCCAGGCCUUUGCGACUGCUCACGCAAUGCCUCGGAAUCAACCACCUCUUACAGCCUUCCCCGUGGCUACACCUACCUUCGCUCCCCUUCAUAUGACGACAUCUCUCCCUCAAGACCUCGCCUUUAUCCCAAUGUUUGACCCGCCUGAUUUCAUACCAGAUGAACAGCCCCAUGUUCAUGUAUCAUCACCACCGACCUCCUUUCCUCAAGACCCAGUCUUUACCUCGACGGCUGGCCCUUCUGUCAAUCCGCCAGUGCGCAUGCCAGAUGAACAGCCACAUGUUCAUCCACCAUCACCAGCUGUACACCCUGUUGAAGCACCAUCAUUAUCUCUUCCUUCACCUGCACGAAUGCUAGCUGAGCCGCCCUCAUCCAUGAAUCCCCUUCCUAACCCUCGAUUUGCCUCGCAGAUGCGGCCCAUCUUCACAGACCAAUCAAAGCGCGAACAGGAGUUACGGGAAAACGCCCGUAUUGUGGAGGAACAGCGGCUCGCUGCGAUCAAAAAAGUGAAGCAUACUGUUACUGUGUGCGCCUGGCUCUCGGAUGAUGAUGGGCCCGAGGAAUUCAUCCACCAGGGUGGCUUCGUUUGGCCCAAUUUCUGUAUAUCGACCUCAAUUCUAGCUGCCGCCGGCUUUCAGACGAGCGAUGAGAAUGCAUGGUAUCAUUUGUACAACCGUUCGCGCCGCUCGUGGCAACGGUUCAAGGCCAACCAUGUGAUUACCGUGGAUUCGACGACGGAGGUCCUCAUCAAAGACGUCAAUGUGAAGACCUGCGCUCGCCUCAAUGACUACCUUACCGACAGCAGGAUAGACGCUACUCCAACAAAUUUUCGAACUAACCUUCGUGGUGAGCGAGCGAGCAUCAAGGUCAAACUCGACCGCCAAUUUCUCGAGUUGAAUCCAUCCACCCCUCGCCCUUCCACGACCUCUAAAUCCAAACGAGCUCGGAAGGUCCCUCGGCUGCACACUCCCCCCACGCUGACGACCACACAACCGUUAUCUUCCAGUACUGUCACGGACAGUGAGUCUUCGUCUGACGUGUACUGCACACCUGUCAAACGUCGCAAGCUGCCUGCUGGUAAACCCUCUAGGAUGACCGCACCUCUCAGUUCACGCACCAUUUCAGGGGAAGACAAACGGUGGCCAUCUGACUAUCCGGUUUGUGACGUUAUCCGCGUCCUCCAUAGCUGCAAACCACCUCCAUCACGAACCACAAUUGCUCAACACUUCUAUUCGUUAACCGGCAUACCUUUCAAGCGCUCGACCUACUACGACGCGUGGUCCAGAUGGGAUGAAGCCACGCAACAGCAACGUGAUGAUGCUGAAAGGUGUGGGGAGGAUGGUCUUUGGAAAGACUUCGCAGUUUGUGUUUCACUUGAGAAAUCGAGGCUCAAGGUGGCUCGACAACGGGUCCGGCGGCGCCAACGCACUGCCGAUGCUGAGGAAAGUGAUGCUAGUGUUGACAGUGUCACUUCAUUGGACAGUUUCUCGACAAUCUCGACUGUUUAA